AUAUAUCACAAAAUAUUAAAAAUGUCUGACAUACAAGAAUAUCAACAUAAGAAAUUCCAAUUUAAAGCGGAGGAAUACAAACACAAGAAAUUUGGAGCCCAUCUGAAGAAGAGAACAUUUGGCAUUAUGGAGGAUAAAGAAAAUCAGAUGACAGUUGAAAAUAUUUUGAGGACGGCUCAUCAAUGUAACUCACAAGAACCACCAGCUAAGAGAAAGCCAGCCAAGUCUUUAUUCAGACCCUGGGAGAAUAAAGAGGAAAUCAAAGCUCUGCAGUCAACAAAAGAAAAAGCUGUGUCUUCCUCAGUUCUUAGCGAAAUACCCUCAAAUGUUUUAAACUAUAACCCCAAUAUGGUGCGCCAAUAUGCUGUUAAACCACGCAGUGAAAAAGAACAACUUAGACGUAAUCGCAACACUCUGGCUUGCCUUAUCAAUCGUCGCAACCAGCAAGCUGAACAACAAAUGCUACAACAACAAUAUUUGAUAUAUCAACAGCAACAUGCUGCAAUGAUGGAACAGUCUGUGAGAGCUGCUUUAUAUUUGAGACAUUUGCAAGAGUUGGCCUUGCAAAGGCAACAACAAUUGUUUGUUUUUGGGCAGCAAAGGCAUUAAAGGAUUCCUACUUUGACAUGAGAUACCAU